GUGGCACACAGACAGCUCUCAUCCAGCACUCGGGAGGCAGGGGGCGGGGGGGCUGUCCAGGCCGGCCUGGGCUACACUGCAGGCUCAACGCCAGCCUGAACGACAUACGGAGCUCAAAACACCAAAAAAAAAAAAAAAAAAAAAAUUUUUUUGUUUUGUUUUGGAUGAGCAUUCCGCGGCGGGAGGCCCGGGGUCUGCCUGGCAAUGCAAACCUGGCAGCAGGGCCGACCCCACCUCCACCCGGGCCGCACGCCUCGACUCCGACCCGCCCGGGCGCGCCACCUCACUUUGGCCUCUGCCCCCUUCUCGUCCGUCUGCCCGCUCCCCGCCCCGUGCCGGCGGCGGAACCCAGCCGCGCUCCCGCGGGAGGAAACCGGGCCGCCUGCCCGCAGCGCCCAGCGCGGCCGCCCGGCGCCCCGCACCCUCCGGCCGGAGCGGAAGUGACGUCACGGCCGGCGCGCUCUUCCGGCCCUGCCUGCCGCGGCCGGCCCGAGAGACUUGUUACCUUCCGCGCCGUGCGGGCCACUCCGGCUUUUCCUCUCAGCUGCCGUGUGCCUCCACUUCAGCAGGGACACAACAGGCUUUUCCCAGGUGUCUGAGGGGUGCCUCUGCAACUUCCAUCACACAGGUCCGUCCAGCUUUCUCCAAAACUCAGCCUCCCAGCUGCCGUGUGCCUCCACCUCAGCAGGGACACACUACAGUCUUCCCAGGCUGCCUGCAGUUUUCCACCACACACAGUCUAUGCAGACAACAUCUUAAUUCUAUUCAUUUUACUCCAGGACUACAGGGCUGGAGGUAUAGCCUUGCUAUGGAUCUUCAAGUUUUCAAUGGAGAAAACCCCUACAAAUUGGAGGACUAUGAAAAAGACUUUCAGUAUUUUCCAUGCCUUACUAAUCCCAUGGAAACCCACACUGAAGCCACACUGUGUGAGUGUGAGGAGUGCUGGAGAGCAUUUGCCUUUUCCUCACACCUAAGUCAGUAUGUAACAAUUUCUUCUGGAGAGAAAUCCCAAAAAUGUAAGGAAUGUGGGAAAUGCUUUGCUACUUUCACUCAACUUUCUGCCCACAUGGAAGUCCAUACUGGAGAAAAACCCUUCCAGUGUAAAGAGUGCGGAAAAUGCUUUACAAGUAACACAUACCUUAACGAUCACAGGAAAAUUCACAGUGGAAUAAAAGCGUACAAAUGUGUGGAAUGUGGGAAAGCCUUCCUGAGGUGGUCAGGCCUGACUGAACACUUGCGAGGAGUUCACAGUGGAGAGAAGCCCUUUGUGUGUAAGGAGUGUGGGAAAGCCUUCUCGAGAUCCACUCAGCUCAAUGAACAUGCCAGAACCCACACUGGAGUCAAACCCUAUGAAUGUAAGGACUGUGGGAAGGCCUUCACUCAGUACUCGGGCCUUGCCACCCACGUGCGCAUCCACAGUGGAGAGAAGCCCUUUCAGUGUAAGCAGUGUGGGAAAGCCUUCACUAGGACCUCAGGCCUUAUUCACCAUGUGAGAACACACACAGGGGAGAAGCCUUUUGAAUGUAUUCAUUGUGGGAAAACCUUUAUCACUGCCUCCCACCGUACUAAACACAUGAAAAUUCACAGUGGGGAAAAGCCCUUUGUGUGCAAUAUCUGUGGGAAGGCUUUUGUGUAUUCCACAUCUCUCAACAUUCACAUGCGAACACACACCGGAGAGAAACCUUACAUCUGUAAGGAAUGUGGGAAAGCGUUUGCUGUUUCCUCCCGCUUAAGCAAACACGCAAGCGUUCACCAUGGGGGGAAGGCCUACAAAUGCGAGGGGAUCAGUGUUUCCCUUAGCCCCUCUGUUGCCACCCUUAAAUAGUAACAAUAGCACCAGAGAUCAUCAGUUAAUCUUAAUUGCUUUGUUUGAAUUGCAGUGGUUUCCACUGGCCUAGAUGCUUCCCUGAUUCUAUGGCAUAAGACAUAUAGAUCCCCUCUUGUAGGAACAUGUGUUCCUCCCCCCACCUUCUAUUGUAGUGCUAGGUUUAAUCCCAGUGUCCCACACACCAUAGGCAAUCAUUCUGUCACCAAGCUAUAUUGGCCUCUGGAACUUCUUCAGAAAAGUGAGUCUGAGCACUUGUGGUCGUGUAGGUGAGGUCAGUACUACAGGUAGGCCUCAUCUUGGUGCUUGGAUUCCAAGUGAUGGUAGCAUCCAUGAAUGCUACGCAUGGGAGUUUAACUCUGUAGAUUGCCUGGGCCACACUGAAGAGGUACUGUCUUGGGCCACAUAUAAUAUAGUUAAUGUAUAUAGCAAAGGUCCUUUAUUUUAAAGUACUUUAUUAUAAUAUUAAACACAAUAAGCCUGUAGGCCACAGGUUAGACCUGUCUGCUUAAGAUAAAUGAAUAGAUUUGGUCCUAGCUGUUGUUGGUUAGUGGCCACCAGUGUAGUAUUCAUGUGAAAACCAGAAGCUAAGUUGAUAAGCUAAGCACAGGACCCAAGUGGACUGUUGACAGAUACUCCAGGAAUCUCCUUUGACCCCAUUGAUUGUGUUGAGCAUGCCAAGAAGCCCUCUGUAUUUACUCUUGGAGUAGUCUACCUUUGUAGCAAUUACCGUGCUUCCUUGUAUCUUACGAAGCCCACCAUGUCUUGUCCACUAGGUCUAUUUUAGAUCUAAGUAGCAAUGCCUCUGCUAGUGUAUUCAUUCUGUUCCUCUCCUGGUGAGAUUGCUGAUAUCCCACCCCUUGGUCUCAUUUGUGAUCUCUUUUAUCAACUGGUUUUUCAGUCACACUUAAUAUUCUCUUCAAUUCAAGCUUUUGCAGUUUUUUUCAAUAUGCAUAAGCUGAGAAUUUUCCGAAUUUCCAAGUUCCGGUCCUUUCUUGGUUAACAGUUCCUUGUUGGAUUUAGUUUUCUCUUGCAUUUUAUUAAAUGUUGUAAGGGGGAACAAAGCUAGUCCUUCAACAGUUGAAUUAUAAUAUCAGAUAAAUUUCCAGUUUGAUCAUUCCCCAACUCUACCUGUCAAAAAUUGCAAGAAUACAACUGUAUUCUGCCAGUCUUUUUCCGCUGCAUAUCAAGGAUUGCCUUUUGAAAAAUUUUGUAUUUUUUCUUUUUAGACAAGGUCUUGCUAUGUAGUUCAGGUUCCCCUUGAACUUACUAUGUAGCCCAGACUGGCAUCAAACUUGUGGCAAUCCUCCUGCCUCAGCCUCCCGAAUGCUGGGAUCACAGGCAUGCAUCACUAUGCCCAUUCCUUCCUCUCUUUAAUUCUUUUGCCCCUUCCAUCUGCCUUCCCUUCCGUUUUUCUUCGAAUGCUUCAGAUUGAACCCAUGCUAGGCAAGUGCUACCACUCAGCCCCAGCCCCAGCCCUUACUGUUUUAUGUUUUCAGUACUGGGGAAUGAACCUGGGGCCUUCCCAAUAAGUCUCUUAAAUUGUCCAGGCUGGACUUAAUCUUUAAUCUCUGCCUCCCAAAAGGCAUGCAGCAGUAUGUCCAGCUUUUUUUUUUUCUUCACUUUUUGAAACAGGAUCUUGCUACACUGCCCAGCUGGCCUCCCACUUGGGAUGCUUGUGCCUCAGCCUCCUGGAUGCCUAGGAUUAUAGGCAUUUGAUACCACACUGGGUUGUUCUCGAUUUUCUAAUAACAUGUUUUUCAUCCCCACAUGAAAAUCACCAAAAUAGCUCUUAGUGUCCUUUUAAGCAUGCACUUAAAAACUGUCAGGUGUGGCAUGGUGAUACACACCCGUAGUCUCAGCACUUGUGAGGCUGAGGCAGGACUGGCAGGAGUUCAAGGCCAGCCUGAACUGUACAGUGAGACCCCGUUUCAAAAACUCAGAAAAAAGAAAAGUACUUAAAACAUUUCCAGCCUUUACCUAUUACUCAGUCUUGUGCUUGAAUGUUUUUAUUGCAGUACCGCCUACCUAUAUCAAAAUCCAUUAUGAAUCAUUUAAUUUGUCAUAAUGAAAUAACAUACUUAAAUCAGAUGGCUUAAAAUUUGUUUGAAUAAAAGUUAUUUGCUGAAUAAAUUUGGAAUAUACAGAAUGUUGUUUUCUCCCAUCCCUGGAGGCCAGAACUCUUAAGAUGAGGAGUAACAACAAGGCUGCCUUCCGGUGAGGGCUCAGUUUCUGGCCAUGUCAUUGAUCACCUCCUCAUGGUGUCUUCACAUAAUGGAGACUGAACAGGAGGUAGAUCCAUGUCCAGAACCUUAACACUCAGCUGCAUCACGGGCCCUCUCUAUUUUUUAUUAUGAGACGGUUUCUCUACGUUGCUGUGUUGCCCAGGCUGGGCUUGAACUUGAACUUGCCAUCCUUCUCAGCUCCGAGUGCACAGAUUACACGUGUGUGCCACCACACUCUAAGUCUCCACUCUGGAUCUUAACAUAAAAUAAGGUCCUAUCUUCAUAGUCACAUUGGAGUUUAUACUCACUAUAUGAAUUUUUAGUGACUAACUGCGUUUAUGCAUACGUUUUCUUUGUUACCACACAGUAGUCAUAUAUCUAUAGAUAAUGACUGUAUUAACUUCAAUUAUUAGCUCUUUAUUUUAAUAGGACCAUAAUCUCAACCCAUUAUUGACUAAAACUACUUAGUAAAAGCAGCAAACUUUCCUUCGUAAUUCUGUUGAUAAUACUCUCCAUUCUGUUGAUUUUCUUGUUUGCUAAGAACUCAGAUUUGAUGUAGUUAAAUGUUUCCCAGUAUCAUAAUUUAUGAGAUUUGAUUCCUCUUGGGUUAUCUUGCUCUGUACCCUUUGUCCUUUUUUGUUUGUCUUUUUUUGUUGAGAAAUGAUCUUGCUAUGUAGUGCACGCCAACUUUGAGCUUACUUUGUAGCCAGGCUGGCCACAAACUUGCAGCAAUCCUCCUGCCUCAGCCUCUCAAGUGCUAGGAUUGUAGGUUGUGUGCACCACCACCCCCCAGGCCUUUAUGAUAGCCAUCUUCCUUCACUGACUCAAUCAGCUAGAAAUGCAAAUGACCCAUAAUACAAAAUACUUAAAUAUAUGAAUGACUGAAAGCUUUUAAGUGCAGUCAUUAUUGAUUUUUAUUCUUUAUUGAUUUCCUAAUACCAUGAAUUCCUAGAUAAACUCAAUUUGGAUAUUAUAGACUAUCCUUAUUACUUGAUUAUAUUUACUAAUGUGUUAUAAAGGACUUUUGUAGAUGUUUGAGAAACAUUGGCAAGGAAGUUUUUCUUACACUAGAAACAAAAAAGCCAUGCAAUGUAUACCCUAAUCUCAAGAACUAUGGAAGGCUGUGACAAGAUUGCAAGUUCAAGCCUAGGCUGGGCAGUUUAGUGACUUAAUAGGUCCCUGUCACAACAUAAAAUUAUUUUUAAAAGAUCUGGGGAUGUCACUUAGUAUAAAUGCCCUGGUUCAAUCUCUGUUAUCACCAAAAAAAUGGGGAGAGGCUAAGGGUAUAGCACAAAUAGUACUGCAUUUGCCUAGCACGCAGGAGGUCCUGGGUUCUACCUCUAGCACCCCCAACCCCCAAGAAAAGGUGCAUGGAUGUGGCUCAGGGGUAGAACACACCUGUGCAAGGCCCUGGGUUCAGGCAUCAGCACCAUCGAAAACGAAUUUCCUGGUACUUCAGUGUAGGUUAUGACAGUACCAUCUGCUACACUGGGUUAUUUCCCCAUUUUGCUCAAUUUGAACUUAUUAAUUUAGCCAGACUUAGAGUAACUGUAAUCAUCUUCUUAGGUAUCCCAUUUCUGUGAUUUUAAGCUAUUUGCUCGACUUUUAGGUUAUAUAUUGGGGGGGUACUGGGUAUCAAAUUAAUGACCUUGCGCUUGCCAGGCAGGUGCUUGUGCCACUGAGCUAUAUCUCUGGCCUGUUUUAUGGUUAUAGAACAAUUAAGGUUUCCAAAAUCAUAAAGCAUUUUGAGUCUAUUUUUCUAGACAUGUUUCAUGUGUGGAGCAAAAAAUUAUGCAUUUUUAACAUUUCUGGUUGUAUAAUUUUAAGCUUAUUAUGCAUUCUAGAAUGAUUACUUUUUCUUUUUGUGUUUCUUGUGUUAACAGUAUUGUCAUUUUUUUAGGGGCUGGGGAUUUAGCUCAGCAGCAUAAGCGCCUGCCUUUCAAGCAGGUGGUCAUGAGUUUGAUACCCGGUACCGAUAAAAAGGAAAAAGACAAAAAAAAAAAAAAUCAUAUAACAGUAUUGUCAUUUUUCUUUCUUUUGGGGGGGUUGCUGUGCUGGGGACUGAACCCAGUGCCUUUGUGUAGUGAGUACUGUACCAUUGAGUUGUUUUAUGAGCCAGGUUUGUGAUUUGUCAUGAAAAUUAACCUUUCUGCUGGGCAUAUAGUUUGUGGUGGAGUGCUUGCCAAGCAUGCACAAGCCUUGGAUUCAAUGCCCAGUAUGGGGCGGGAGUUAACUUUUUUCAUGUUUUCUGUUACAUUAAUUCUGUUAGGUAUUUGUAUGGCCAUAUUGAAUUCGUUUUAUUUUGUUUCUAAGUUUUUGUUUUGGGUGAUAGGGUCAUACCUGGGACUUGUGCACUAAGCAUUUGCUCUUCCACUGAGCUACCUUUCAUGCCCAGAUGUUUCUUUUUAUACAUAUUUUAGCUAGAGAUUAAAAAUAUCUAAGUACUUGAAAACUUUGGACUAACAAUAAUUUUCUUUUUUCUGAGACAUUUAGUCCCUUUUGUGUAAUGUAGUUAGCAAUAAACUUGGAAUCAUCUCUGA